AUGUUAAGAAAUUCAAUUAAUUUUGCUAGCAAGAGAUCCUUUCAUGCUUGUAAACCUGCAUGCUUCAGAAUUCCUUUUUUACCAACGUUACCUCAACAACCUGGUGGGGUGAAAGGCAAUGUAAAUGAAGCAUAUGUUCCACCAAAGAUAGAUAAAGUGCAUGGCUCCUAUCAUUGGGGUUUCGAAAAAAUUAUCUCUAUGUCAGUUUUGCCUUUAGUUACUCUUCCUCUCAUAUCUGGUGGUGCUCCUUUAUCAGUGACCACAGAUGUUUUGUUAGCUUCUGCUGGUAUGUUCGCUUUUAUGGUUGAGUUCCAAUCUUGUAUAACUGAUUACGUUCAAAAAAGAGUUUACGGUAAUAUUAAUAAAUAUGCAAUGUAUUUAUUGUAUGGCGGUUCAGUUCUCUCAAUUUUGGGUAUUUAUAAUUUACAGAAACCUGAUGAGGAGAAAAAGGAAAAUACAGGGUUCAUUGGUUUAUUAAAUAAAUUCUUCAAAAUUGAACAGAAGUAA